CAGACAGGCGCUUUGUGGAUACAGGUGAAAUCUCUUGGCAGGUGGUUACGCAGCCGAUUGCUUUCACUCUGGUGGAACGAUCAGUUUAUACCAUCGGUUUGUUUACGAUGUAUCGCUCAGUCAUAAACAAAUUAUUUCUGGAAGCGGAAAACGCAUGCAAGAUAUACAGCCAAAAAUGCAGUGCUUGGGCUGCUACAAAAGUACUGAUUGAUUCUCAAUUGGACGGUAUCAAAGAAGCUAAAACUUACAAAAGUGAAAGAAUCAUAGUGUCCAAACAAGCAGCUCACAUAAAAGUCAAAGGUGACACAAGAUCAGUAAUCAAUUUUUGUGCUAAUAACUAUCUAGGAUUAUCUAGUGAUCCAGACAUAAUUGAAGCCGGGAAAAAAGCUCUAGAUGAAUAUGGAGCUGGCCUAAGUUCGGUUCGUUUCAUCUGCGGAACACAGGAUUUGCACAAGCAAAUGGAAAAGAAAAUUGCCCAGUUUCAUGGCCGCGAAGAUUGUAUAAUCUAUCCGAGUUGUUUCGACGCGAAUGCAGGAUUAUUCGAAGCAUUUUUAACAUCAGAAGACGCUGUUCUGUCAGAUGAACUGAAUCAUGCUUCAAUUAUUGAUGGGAUAAGGCUAUGCAAGGCUCAAAAAUAUAGAUAUAGACACAGAGAUAUGUACGAUUUGGAGAAGAAACUGCAAGAAAGUUCUUCGGCACGUAUAAGAUUAAUUGCUACAGAUGGAGUUUUUAGCAUGGACGGAAAUAUUGCGCCUCUGCCAGAAAUUUGCGCUCUGGCUAAAAAAUACAAUGCACUGGUAUUUGUGGAUGAAUGCCAUGCAACAGGUGUACUAGGAAAAACUGGAAGAGGAACAGAGGAGCAUUUUAAUUUGAACGGAAAAGUCGAUAUAAUCAAUUCUACUUUGGGAAAAGCUUUAGGAGGAGCAGCAGGUGGUUACACAACCGCUAAAUCGGAACUGGUGGAUUUACUACGUCAGAAAUCACGCCCUUAUUUGUUUUCCAAUGCACUGCCUCCUGCUGUAGUCGCCUGUGGUAUUAAGGCCCUGGAUAUACUCACUGAGAACUCAAGACUCGUCAACACUUUGCAAGAGAACACGAAAAAAUUCAGAUCUGCAAUGAAAGCUGCUGGAAUGAAUAUAAUCGGCGAUGAUCAUCCUAUUUGCCCUGUUAUGGUGGCAGAAGAAAACCAAGCAACAUUGAUGGCAAAUAAAAUGCUUGAUAGGGGCAUCUAUGUCAUAGGCUUUACUUAUCCAGUUGUUCCUAAAAAUAAAGCAAGAGUCCGGGUUCAAAUAUCGGCUGCACAUUCUGAACAAGAUAUAAUUAAAGCUGUGGAAUCAUUUAAAGAAGUAGCACAUGAACUUAGCACUCUUUAACAAAAUAAUAAACUGUUUUGGAAUAAAUAAAGAUAAAAUGCUGAA